AUAUUGUUACAUGUGUAUUCUUGGACAUAACAACGAAAACUGCAUUUUUAAUGCAUUCAUAAUGACACAGGUUUAAAACAUAAAAAAUGAAAAUUUUGAUUAUUGUAAAGAUUUUAUUGACUUCUUAAAGCUGCAUAUUGGAGUGAUGGUAAUGUAAGAGAGACAGACACCAUGGCCAGACACUUAAAUGACCUGCCAAGGUGGAUAUUCAUUGCUGUAUGGAUACUUGGAAACGUAGCCAUGUUCAUCUAUACUUACUUCAAGUAUGCUAAUAGUAAGGAGUUCUUCUACUUGAAAAAGAUUUUGGGGGACUCACUGCCAUGGGCCCGGGCAAGUGCUGCCUGCCUAAACCUCAACUGUAUGAUGGUGCUGUUCCCUGUGUGUAGGAACCUCAUGUCCUUUCUCAGGGGAUCAUUGAAGCAUUGCUGCACUAAAACAGUUCGGAGGCAGUUGGAUAAGCAUAUAACAUUUCACAAGUACAUCGCCUACAUGAUCUGUCUUCACACGGCUAUCCACAUAGGUGCCCAUGUGUUCAAUGUGGAGCGCAUGUUUGUAGCCCACAAUGUGUCGAAUGGUCUGCUGUCUGCCCUCAGUAACCUGGAUGACAUGAACGCAGGCCAGACAGCAGUCAACCCUGUCAGGGACGCCUCACAGGAUCCUACCCUGUUUGGUGUGAAGACUCUUGCAGGGAUUAGUGGACUUGUGGCUACGAUUGCUCUUAUUCUGAUCCUCAGCUCUUCCACUGAAAUUAUAAGGAGGUCAUAUUUCGAAGUAUUCUGGUUUACCCACCACUUGUUUGUAAUCUUCUUCAUAGGAAUUAUUAUCCAUGGCAUAGGAAGGCUGGUACGCAGACAGACAAAUGUGGCAGACCAUGACCCAGAGUACUGUGUCAGCCGCUAUGAUCUGUGGGGCUCCACCCAGGAGAUACGCUGUCCCCUACCCCAGUUUGCUGGUAGCCCACCAGCUACCUGGCAGUGGGUGGUGGGUCCCUUGGCUCUCUACCUCCUAGAAAGACUGGUACGCUUCAUACGGUCUCGACAGCAGGUUGUCAUCACCAAGGUGGUGAAGCACCCAUCCAACGUGUUUGAGCUGCAGAUGAAGAAGAAGGGGUUCACCAUGGCCCCCGGACAGUACAUCUUCCUACACUGCCCCAAACUGUCCUACCUGGAGUGGCAUCCUUUCACCCUCACAUCGGCCCCUGAGGAUGAUUAUUUCUCUGUACACGUGCGGCGGGUCGGUAACUGGACCAACGCUCUUGCCAAGGAGUGUCACGUAGAUGAAAUUGAGUUCAAAGAGGCAUGGAAGCUGCCAAGGGUGGCAGUUGACGGCCCAUUUGGUACAGCCACUGAGGACAUCUUCUCAUAUGAGGUGGACGUAUUUGUAGCUGCAGGUAUAGGAGUGACGCCAUUUGCUUCAGUGCUCAAGCACGUCUGGUCCAGGAAGCAGGAGGGAGACUCGAAGCUGAAGCACGUGUAUUUCUACUGGAUCUGCGCGGAGAUGAAUGCCUUUGAGUGGAUGCAUGACCUGCUGCGUUUCUAUGACAAGCAGAUGGUGGACGCAGACCACAGAGACUUUCUCAAGUACUUUGUGUAUCUCACACGUGGCUGGGACAUGAACAUGGCAAAGUCCAUUGUGAAGCAUGAUGAAGACGUCUAUGACUCGGUGACCGGUUUGCAUCAGAAGACGCACUUUGGUCGCCCCAACUGGGAUCUCAUCCUGCCCAAGAUUGCACAGGAUCAUAAAGGGAAGAAGAUAGGGGUGUUUUUUUGUGGACCAAGUGCACUGUCAAGCGUCCUUCAUAAGGCCUGCAACCAGUAUUCCUCAUUAGAGGGGGCCAAGUUUUACUACAACAAGGAAAACUUCUAGUCUGGCUUCUCUACCAAGAACAACUUAUAGCCUUACUAUACAAUGGCUGUAUAUAUUUUCCUUUUAAACUUUAAAAUAUGUUAUAAAUGUCAAGAGGGAUUACAGUUAUGAUCGUAUUGCUUUGUGUAACCAAUUGCAAGACAGCAUGGGCUUUGCAUUGUUCCCAUUG